CGCAGAUGGUGGCAGCUGCCUGCAAAUGCACGUCCACACACGUCCAACUUCAUGAUGGAUGUGCUGUGGCGCGACCUCCAACACCUUCACGAGGCAUAGUGCUAGGCUGCUGGUGCACAGCCACCACCGAAUGCGCAUUCUGCAACAUCACCACCACCGUGUUUUCACCGCUAAACAAUGAGAUGCCCGCUUUCUCAGAUUGAGCCACCUCAGCACUUUUGCGCCAGCAACAAUCUCUGCUCUGCGUUCUUCGAACUUCUGGUCUACCAUGAAGCCAGUCGCCGUACUCGCCGUGGCAGGCAAUGUGCUGCAGUUUCUGGAGUUCACUUGGAAGCUUUUCAGCAAUGCUGGAAAUAUCCUAGCGUCAGCUGGAAGUUCUAGCGAGGAAAGUGCUCACCUUGAUGAUAUUUGUCGAACACUGCAAGAUUUCACCACUCAACUAAAACGCGACACCUCUUCUAAUAAUUCCACAAGGAAAUGGGAGCCUAUGCUCACACGUGCCGAUGCGUGCGAGAGGGACUGCGAGAAGCUUUUGGCUAUCACGACAAAGCUAAGGGCAAUGACGCAGAACGGCAAAGCGUCAAAGUGCUGGGCCAGUUUCAAGAUCGCCAUUGCAGAGGUGUGGAAGGCCAAUGACAUUGAAGCUUUGAUUUCACGGAUCUCCGAUCAUAGGAGCGGCAUCAUUCUUGAGCUAUGUCCUACGACAAGUGAAGUGGUCCAACGGAUGCAGUCUGACCUUCGACAAUGGGGGGCUUUCAACUCUCUAAGACACAAAGAGAUACUUAAUACACUGCAACCCUGGACGAAAUUGGUACAGGGACCCUAA